AGAACUUAGUUCAAACAACACAGUUUGCGAUACAAUAUGAAAGCAUUAACAAUAGUUGUAACGUUCCUGGUCGGGACUUCAGGGUAUUUAAUUAAAGUUCCUACUGGACCAUCGUCAAAUAAUGCUCCACCACAAUGGAUGCAUUUACAGAAACUAGUUCUUCCAUUAUUUGAAAACGUAUGUGAAGACAGCAGCGACCCGGUUAUUAUUAGAACAGCACAAGAAUUUACAUCGGAGUUAACAACUGAAAAUUAUUGGAAACCAGACGCGUUACCUAACUUCCAGAAAUUGAAAAACGGAAAAGGAUUUUUACCGAAAGGAGAAAUAUUUACUGAAUAUAAUAUUGAUCACCUUAGUGAACUUGAAGUAAUAUAUGAUAUUUUAUACUAUGCCAAAAACUUUGAUAUUUUCUUCAAGGGAGCAGCAUGGGCAAGACAAAAUUUAAAUUGUGGUUUAUACCUAGAUGCCAUUUACUUGGCAAUCGCAAAUAGGAAAGAUACUGAAAGAUUAGUAGUACCUGCUCCAUAUGAAUUAUUACCCAACUAUUUCAUACGUAAGGAUGUUAUAUUGGAAGGAACCAAAUUAGCUGGCGGUGUAAACAUAGAACUGUCUGAGGGCGUCCACGUCGAAGGCAACGCGUACCAACUGGAUGCUAAUUACACAUCAAUCUUCUAUGACAAUAACGAUGAAUCGAAACUGGCGUAUUUCCGUGAAGAUAUCGGUUUAAAUUCUUAUUAUUUUAUUAGAAAACUUAAACAAGCACCUUGGUUCAAUAUAGGCAUUGAUGGACGAUACGGAGAGGACGUAUAUCAAAUGAUGAAGCAAUUCAUGGCCAGAUAUAAUUUAGAGAGAUAUGCUAAUGGAUUGCCAGAGCUUGAAAGUUGGGCCUGGAACGAUCCCACUUUGUUUGAUGUUCCUUACGAUCCGAUGUUAAUAUAUACAAACGGAAACGAAUUUAUUUCUAGACCGUCACCUGUACAGUUGCCAGACAAUGAAGACGUUGCAUUGUUACAGACCAUUGAGAACAACAUUGGAACGGUUGUAAGCCAUAUGAGAGAUGCUGGGUACAAUAAAACUCAAAUAUUGAAUCACUUAAUGGAAAUCCUUGUAACGGGUGACAGAAGUUAUGAGACUUUGGCACGGCAGCUCCUUGGCAAAGCUCACAGCGAUAACGGGUGUCCUUCGGUUUUAGAACAUUAUAUGACAUCGCUAAGGGAUCCAAUAUUUUGGAAAAUGAACAAAAAAAUAGUUGACAUGGUGGACGAGGCGCUUAAAUUAUUACCUUCAUACGCAAGAAAUGAACUUUAUUUCCCUGGGGUAGAAGUGAUCAAUGUGGAUGUUAAAAAAGUUAUGACGUUUUACGAUUACUUUGAGUUUGAUGCAACGGAUGCAUUGAAAAGCGCUGCCGACAAUUCUACGUACCAAAUCAAAAUUGCACAACCUAGGUUAAAUCACAGACCAUUCUCAAUUAAAAUCAACGUCUCGUCAUUAGUAACACAAAGAGGUGUGGUUAAAGUUUAUCUGGGUCCGAAAAUAUUGCCCGGAGAACUAGCAAAAAAGAAAAAUUCAUUUGUUCUGCUUGACAGAUUUGAGUACCGCUUCAAAAUUGGUUCAAAUAUUAUUUCAAGAACAUCCGACGACAUGAAACAUUUCUCUGAAGAUUUUAUGUCUUUAAGAAAUUUACGCAAGAAAGUUGAAGACGCUGAAUUUGGUUUAGACUCUUUGCCUCUUAAAACCGUCGACUCACAAAUCGGAUACCCAGCAAGAUUGAUACUCCCAAGAGGCACAAUGAAAGGUGUACCACUCCAAAUUUUUGUAUUUGUUGCACCGUAUGCUAAAUAUUCUACCGGUGUAAUGCAUUCUCUGAAGAGUAUGGAAUUUAAUAAAGCUAUAAUGAGUCCCGGAUACCCUCUUGACUUAGUUGUGCAGGAUAAACAAUUAUUUGAAUUGCCAAAUGCGAUGGUUAAAGAAAUUGUUGUCACACAUAAAGGGGAAGGUAAAGUUGAAAACUAUGGUGGACCUGGUGUCACCAAAAAGUGGUAUGGAACGGACACUUAUGAUCCGUCUUCGAAACCAAACUAUGAUGGAAAUAGAAAGAAACCUUUUGAUUACAGUGCAAAAAAAGGCCAGUAUGGAAAAAAAGAAGAUUCUACAGAAUUCAAAGAAUAUGAAUCAAAAGAACGAGAAGGUUUUAUGGAUAGUUUUGAGGAAAAUUAUGACUUAAACGAUGACGAGGAUUUAAUAUUUAAAUUAGGUUCUACUAGUUUUGACUAUGCUACAAAAGAAAGCAACCUUUUGAUUAUAAAGCAAAGAAGAAUCAAUAUGAAAAGAAAGAUAGCUUUAAUCAAAAUAAAAAUAUUUACCCCAAGGAAUUUUAUCAAAAUGAAUUUACUUCUACUGCUAAAGUUGAAGAUCCAAGGGAAAAAUUAGAAAUGAAAUUUAAUAAAGGAGUAUUAGAGAAAGAUGACAUUAGUGACGAAGCUCUAUAUAAUAAUGAUGAUGAUGACGUAAAAUUUCAAGAGGCUUCAAUAUUCAAACUUGGAUCUUCGAAAUUUGACUAUGCUGCAAAAAGAAAGACACCUUUUGAUUACAAAGCAAAGAAGAAUCUAUAUGAAAAGAAAGAUAGCUUUGAUCAAAAUAAAAAUGUUUACCCCAAGGAGUUUUCUCAAAAUGAAUAUACUUCUACUGCUAUAGUGGAAGUUCCAGUGAAAAAAUUAGAAAUGGAAGUUAAUAAAGAAGUAUUGCAGAGAGAUAUCGUCAGUGAAGAAGCCCUGUAUAAUAAAGACAUCGAUGACCUAAAAUUUCAACAGGGUUCAAUGUUCAAACUAGGUUCUUCGAGUUUUGACUAUGCCGCAAAAAGAAAGCCACCUUUUGACUAUAAAGCAAAAAAAGCACAAUACGGAAAAAAAGGAAACUUCACGCAGAAUAAAAAUAUUUACCGGAAAGAUUAUUCUCGAAAAGAAUUUACUUCUACUACUGAAGCUCAAGUGUCAGUAGAAAACAUAGAUCCAAAAGUAGGUAAAGUUAUAUUAGAGAAAGAUGAAUUAAGCGAGGAAAUAAUUAAUAAUAAUCCCUUUAAUGACCAAGAAGUAUAUUCAGCAGCGCACGACGAUCCACAAAAUUAUAACUAUAACAUUACCGAGCCAGUUUUUUCGCCAGUGACACCGAAAAAGCAUUAUAGUAUUUACGAUUACAUUAUUCAUGUAUUCAAUGAUGAUAGUUCAGAAGAAAAAGUUUAUGAGUAGUUCUUUGAUAUGCAAAAAAUAUUGUUAUUUGAAAAUAUUUUAUACCAAAAGACUGCCCAAGGAAGACAAGAGAUCAUCAUUCAAAAUUGUAUUAUUCGAUAUCUAGUUUUAUUGGCGUGUUAAUGAAAUGUAUGUGUACAUAAAACAAGGCAAACCAAUGCAAGUUAUUGCUAUUUCACGUAGUUUUCUAUCAUUAUUUUUGGAAAUGGUCCAAACGUUUUACAACGCUGUUACGCUUUCCCUAUUUUCAUCGUGGAAAAUUUAAAAACCAUCGGUCACUCGUGUGACAACAGCUAGAAACAAAUAGAAAUACUUUUAUAGCUGAUUAUAACUAUAGAAACUGAUAACUAUUGAUGUCCAUUGUAAAUUAAAUAUUUGAAUUAUUUUCUAGGAAAUAUAUUUAUAAAAAAAAAAUAUUAAUCUAAUCUACAGUACCUAAAUAAAGAAUAAACAAAAUUCGUUAGUCUCACUAAUAGUAACACACUGGGAUUACAUUUAAAUAAAUUUUACGGUAUGUCGUAAAGUCGAACGUGGAUACGUUUUCUAACGUACAAAAUAAAUAUAAAGUCUCACAAAUCGUAAUUUAUUUGGCUUAUUUUAUACAUAGGUGAAAUCGGCACAAUAAAUUAAAUUAACGGUUGCCGAAUUUAUAAUGUUUUCAAAAAUUGUUUUUGUUGCAAACUACGGCCAUUAUACCUACAAAAUAUUAUGUACUUAGAUUUAGAUAGUAUAAAAUAGAAAAAUCGAAAUUGCUAUUUUUAGACAAAUGCUUUGCAACAAUGUAUUAAAAGUAAAUAGGAGACAGAAUCUAUGUUACUAUUUUAAGAAUUAUUUACAUAUUUACAUUUGGCGCCCAGAUAUCAACGGCGAUUUCUGCAAGGAAAACGCGAUGUUCCGUGCCAAAAUGAAGUUAUAUUUCCACUCCAUUGACACCAAUGAUUCAGGGUCCAGCGCAAGUGCGACGCUGACCUAUCCGCGUUGCAUUUGGCUGUGACAGCCAAUUAUUUUGAUUAUGGAAUGUUAAGACACGCCGAAUAUUUCACCUGUCCGUUACGGAUCGAAUACAAAAUUUAAGAAGCUGUUUUAAGCAAGUAUUGGAAUUAUUUUUAAUUACUUGUGUAUGUUUUAACACUGUUGGUUCAUUUAUUUAAAUUUUAGUAUCCAUCCUUUCUUUGUCAUUUGCAUUGAUUUAUUUUGUUAAAACUAUGAAGUUUAAUAUGUUGUUAUUUAAUAUGUCCAUAUGUUUUGUACAGUCUUAUUAUCCAAAUAUUUCUUUAGUUAAGAUGAUAUAGUUUAAGAUUUCAAGUAAUAAAUCAUUAUUGACAAUA